AUGCCUGUGGUGUCUGCAGCCAAAGGGAUGCACGAGACGCUGGCGGUCCUGACGGCUCAGCUCCAUCCUGACGCCAGACACAGAGACGACCUGUCCUUCCUCAAAGACGUGCUGAGUGAGAAGAGCCUGGCUUACCUCAUCAAGAUCCAUGAAAAGCUGAAGGUGUAUGAAAAGCUUGGUCCAGAGCCAGUGUUGGACAGCGCCUCCUGUCUGGUGGAAGAUCUGACUGAAGACCUGCAGAACGGGCCGCUGGAGGAGGACGAGAGAGAGCUGCUCCUCCUCCUCAGUGCUCCUCACCUCAAGGCAGUGCUAUUUGCCCACGACACUGUUGCCCAGAAGAACUUUGACCCCGUGCUGCCCCCUCUGCCUGAAGAACUGCACGAUGACUUUGAGGAGGAGUCGGUGAAAAUUGUGCGUUUGGUGAAAAACAAGGAACCUCUGGGGGCCACUAUUCGCAGAGAUGAGGCCACUGGGGCUGUGGUCGUGGCCAGAAUCAUGAGAGGAGGAGCGGCGGAUAGAAGUGGUCUGGUUCAUGUCGGAGACGAACUGCGAGAGGUGAACGGUAAAGUGAUCACGCACCGGCGGCCGGACGAAAUCAGCCAAAUACUGUCCCAGUCCCAAGGAACCAUCACACUGAAGAUAGUUCCAGCAGUGGCAGAAGAAGACCGGCUGAAGGAGAGCAGGGUUUACCUCCGCUCUCUGUUCGACUACACUCCCUUUGAGGAUAAAGCCACCCCCUGCCAGGAGGCAGGGCUCCCCUUCAGGAGAGGAGACGUACUGCAGGUGGUCAGUCAGGAGGACGCCACCUGGUGGCAGGCCAAGAAAGUGGGGGACAGUAACCUGCGCGCUGCUCUUAUUCCCUCCACUCAGUUUCAGGAGAGACGUUUGAGAUACAGGAUGAAAAUGGGCUCCUUUCCUCAUCCAAACGCCAUCAAAGUUCCAACAUACGAUCAGGCCGAUAAAGAAGACUGUGACUGUGAAGCUCUUCUGAACGGGAAGGACUUUGCCAGUCUGAGCCGGACUCUGCGGCUGAAGAAAGAUCGCCAGGUUUCACCUGGAGACGUGCGCUCUGACGGGAACACAGACUUCCUGAUUUAUGAGGAGGUCACUCAGUACCUGCCUCGGCCCGACGAGAACCCCCGCCUCAUAGUGCUCAUCGGAUCACUGGGAGCACGGACCACAGAGCUCAAACAGAAGGUCAUCGCAGAGAACCCGCGGCGCUACGGCCUGGCUGUGCCACACACCACUCGAGCGCGGAGGAGCCAGGAGAGAGAGGGCGUGGAGUACCACUUCAUCAGUAAAGCUGCGUUUGAGGACGACAUGCACAACGGCAAAUUUAUCGAGUACGGAGAGUAUAAGGACAAUCUGUACGGCACCAGUUUAGAAUCCAUCCACAGAGUCCUGGCCCACAACAAGGUCUGCCUGGUGGAUGUGCAGCCGGAGGCUCUGAAAUCCCUGCGGACGCCAGAGUUCAGGCCGUACGUCAUUUUCGUCAGACCUCGAGUCCUGAACUCUCAGAGGAAACUGCUGGGCUCCACGUCUUCUCUCUCUUCCGCCAUAACGGAGGACGACCUGAUGGAGAUGCAGCAGUCGGCGGACGUCAUAGACGAGAGCUACGGUCACCUGGUGGACUACGUGCUGCUGAAGGAGGACGCGGCCAGUGCCUUAAUCGAGCUGCAGCUGGUGAUGGAGCGGGUGCAGUGCGAGCCGCAGUGGGUGCCCGUCUCCUGGCUCCGCUGUUAG